CCCGAUUAAAUCUUGUUCACUUCACUGACAUUGAGUGACUUUUUUCUUGUGGCUUUGGCCUCGUGUGUGCAUAUAGAUUCUUUGUGGCGCGACUAAUUGGUUGGAUACUUAUAGCUCGUACCUCCACUGCCAGUUCAACCUGGACCCCCCCAGUUCUCCAACUCUUCUGCAGAAAUGUUUCGCACUGGUUCUCCGUAUUCACAGUUCUUCAUGUCGGGCUUGGUGCCUCCCUACCCUUCGUCUACACCCAACGCCACCGACGAGGCCCAGGAAGGAUUUUUCUAUGAGGUCGACUUUCGUCGCCGAGGUAGUCUCCCAGAUACUUCGUCUCCUACUGCCAGUGUGGAACAAUUUCACAAAGAGCGAUCAUUUUUAUCUUUAGAUUUAGCUGGCGCGGGUUCUUUACGUGCACCAUCUCUGCAUACACUUCGUUCCCGUCCAUCUUUGCAAAACUUUCCGUCUCAGAAGCCGAUCCCUAAAUACGCCGACGCAUUACCUGCGCUACCGGCUCCGAACACUAGUAGAGCUUCCUCCACUCUUCUUCCUCCAUCUCACUCCAAUGCAAUCGCUGGCCCGUCCAAAUCGGUAACCAUAACCAACCUUACUCGCAACACAUCUACUAGAACCGCUUCCUCCACCGUCUCGACCAACUAUCGCCGAACCAAACGAUCUGAUGCUCUUGCCCGACUCGAAGGUCGGUCCCAAACCGCCUUGGCUUCGUUCAAAUUUGGUGGUAUUAAAGAGGAGACGACGAGCAACUUUAUGUCCUUGUCCGACGACGAGGAUUCUUCCGAGGACGAAUGGGAUAUGGAUUCUAACGAAGAUGCGGACUUCGUCGAUCUCGACAUCGAUUUUAGCUCAACACACCGUCAUUCGUAUUCUGCUCCUUCCCAGCACGACGACGAGGAAGAUAUCCUUCCACUGAGUCCAUCCCGAUCUCACGCGUAUUCCCGCUCAUUCUCCUAUUCGACAUCUUCUUAUUCGGCUCCGAGUCGAAUGCAACGCCGCAGGUCCAAUACUCGCUCCAACUCGAGCUACGGCUUCGGAUCUUCCGUCAAAUCCGAGCCGCGAGUGCGUAGCAAGACGAUGUCGAUGUUUCCUUCGAACGCUCCUCCUAAGAAAUAUACCAGUUUCAUGGACCUUGAACAUUCUUCGCACCGCGAGGUUUCGUCUUCUUCGUUCAAACAAUCACCCCGGUCAUCGUCGGCGGAUAUCGUUUUUCCACUGCACAGUCCAAAUCGGAAGAAAACGGAGGAAUGGCUCCAAUGGAGUAGCUUCAUUGAAAUUUCUGCUGUUGUGUAAACCCUCCUCAUCUGAACUAUCUGCUUUUUUUUUUAGCUAUACGGUAUACUAUGUCAUUCGUUUUCAUUGCAUAAUUCUCCUGCUAAUUCCAUACAUUCUUUUCGCACUUAAUCCCUUUUUCUGCUAGCUGCAACCCGCGUUUCAUCUGUUGCAA